UGUCCUAUUUGUAGCAAAGCAGUUGUUGGGAUGGGACCAAAUUGACCCCUCCUCCACAUCUUUGUGGUUUUUCAAUGUAAACAUCAAUGUCAUUUAUGAUUUGUCAGCUCAGGGAUUCACGUGUCCAGUUUUUUUGAAUUCUGAAGCAAAUCACCAUUGAAAUUUCACAUAGUUCAGAGAUUUUUGAGAUUCCAUUGGUAUUGAACUCUGUUCAGCUUCCUGCUAUUUUCUGCUUCUUCUGAUUGGCUCUACCGGCUGAACCUUGAACCUUGUAGUCCAACACAUCUGUCUCCUUAAUUGAACAUGCCAGCAAAGUUAAUAUUGGUGGUACACACCAUAGGGAUAAUUUAGAUCCAUAAUUCCCUUAAAGUAAACCAGGGUUUGUGCUAUAUAUGAUGACCUUAACCUAGAUUUAGAGCAGUUAGGUAGAAACCUUUCCUCUCCUUCUAAUAAAACUCUGUACCUGGUUCAAACAAGACUAGAUGACUGGGGAUGCAGUGGACAGUAGCUCUGAGUGGAGCAGAGAGCAGGAUAAAGCAUUUGAAAAUGCCUUGGCAACUUAUCCAGAAGAUGCCCCAGAUCGAUGGGAGAAGAUUGCGGCUGAUGUGCCAGGAAAGACUAUAGAAGAAAUCAAACUUCAUUAUGAGCUCUUGGUUGAAGAUAUUAACCAGAUCGAAUCUGGUUGUGUGCCUCUACCCCCUUAUAAUUCUUCUUCAGAGGGCUCAGCAAGCCAUGCUAGUGAUGAUGGUGCUGGCAAGAAGGGUGGCAGUCACGGGCAUUAUAGCAGUGAGUCUAAUCAUGGAACUAAGCCCUCAAGAUCCGAUCAGGAACGACGAAAGGGUAUUGCUUGGACAGAGGAUGAACACAGGUUAUUUCUUCUGGGCUUGGAUAAGUAUGGAAAAGGUGACUGGCGAAGUAUUUCAAGGAACUUUGUAGUGACAAGAACUCCUACACAAGUAGCAAGCCAUGCUCAAAAAUAUUUCAUCCGUUUGAACUCAAUGAACAAGGAUAGAAGGCGAUCCAGCAUACAUGAUAUCACCAGUGUUAACAAUGGAGACAUUUCAGCACCUCAAGGGCCAAUCACUGGUCAAACGAACGGUUCUGCUGGAAAUUCUACUGGGAAAGUGACCAAACAAGCUCCUCCAGCCUCAACUGGGGUGCCAGGUGUUGGAAUAUAUGCUGCUCCUACCAUUGGACAACCUAUAGGAGGACCCUUAGUAUCUGCUGUUGGCACCCCAGUGAAUCUUCCUGCCCCUGCACACAUGGCAUACGGCGUCCGAGCCUCGGUUCCCGGUGCAGUUGUACCUGGUGCACCAAUGAACAUGGGCCCUGUGACAUAUCCUAUGCCUCAUACAUCUGCUCCUCAUAGGUGAAGUGCUGUUUAGAGGCCUAAUGUACAAAAGAGAAACAACAGACUAGUGAUGGCUUCUGCAGUUAAUUUAAUUCUUUUUCUAGACAAUUGCUUUUUGCUUAUUCUUAUAUGCAAGCAUGAGUUUUAUGCUUAAUUAGCAGCCAUUUCAAAUAAACCAUAUCAGGAAGCAAUUGAAUGUCUCUAUAGGCUGCCAUGGAAUGUUUGACAGCCUUGACAUAGGACAGCAUAAAGGUGCGGUUGUUUUGUUGACAUUUAAAUUGAUAUUGUUAAACCGUGCUGCAGAGGAAGCUUUUAUGGAUUUUAAGUGUAAAUUAUUGUUGCUUUCUCUUGCUUUCUAUAGGAAUUCAGCUGUUCAUUUAUGAUCCACCACCUAAAUUCAUAAGUUACUGCACCAGCUUGGCC